AUGGAACACAACCAGCCAUGGAACACAACCAGCCAUGGAACACAACAAUCCAUGGAACACAACCAGCCAUGGAACACAACCAGGAACACAACCAGCCAUGGAACACAACAGCCAUCCAACAAUGGAACACAACCAGCCAUGGAACACAACAAUGGAACCAACCAGCCAUGGAACACAACCAGCCAUGGAACACAACCAGCCAUGGAACACAACCAGCCAUGGAACACAACCAGGAACCAACCAGCCAUGGAACACAACCAGCCAUGGAACACAACCAGCCAUGGAACACAACCAGCCAUGGAACACAACAAUCCAUGGAACACAACCAGCCAUGGAACACAACCAGCCAUGGAACACAACAAUCCAUGGAACACAACCAGCCAUGGAACACAACAAUCCAUGGAACACAACCAGCCAUGGAACACAACCAGCACAUGGAACACAACAGCAUGGAACACAACAAUCCAUGGAACACAACCAGCCAUGGAACCAACAAUCCAUGGAACACAACCAGCCAUGGAACACAACCAGCCAUGGAACACAACCAGCCAUGGAACACAACCAGCCAUGGAACACAACCAGCCAUGGAACACAACCAGCCAUGGAACACAACCAGCCAUGGAACACAACAAUCCAUGGAACACAACCAGCCAUGGAACACAACCAGCCAUGGAACACAACAAUCCAUGGAACACAACAAUCCAUGGAACACAACAAUCCAUGGAACACAACAAUCCAUGGAACACAACAAUCCAUGGAACACAACCAGCCAUGGAACACAACAAUCCAUGGAACACAACCAGCCAUGGAACACAACAAUCCAUGGAACACAACCAGCCAUGGAACACAACAAUCCAUGGAACACAACCAGCCAUGGAACACAACCAGCCAUGGAACACAACCAGCCAUGGAACACAACAAUCCAUGGAACACAACCAGCCAUGGAACACAACAAUCCAUGGAACACAACCAGCCAUGGAACACAACCAGCCAUGGAACACAACCAGCCAUGGAACACAACCAGCCAUGGAACACAACCAGCCAUGGAACACAACCAGCCAUGGAACACAACCAGCCAUGGAACACAACCAGCCAUGGAACACAACCAGCCAUGGAACACAACAAUCCAUGGAACACAACAAUCCAUGGAACACAACCAGCCAUGGAACACAACAAUCCAUGGAACACAACCAGCCAUGGAACACAACAAUCCAUGGAACACAACCAGCCAUGGAACACAACCAGCCAUGGAACACAACCAGCCAUGGAACACAACAAUCCAUGGAACACAACCAGCCAUGGAACACAACCAGCCAUGGAACACAACAAUCCAUGGAACACAACAAUCCAUGGAACACAACCAGCCAUGGAACACAACAAUCCAUGGAACACAACCAGCCAUGGAACACAACAAUCCAUGGAACACAACAAUCCAUGGAACACAACCAGCCAUGGAACACAACAAUCCAUGGAACACAACCAGCCAUGGAACACAACAAUCCAUGGAACACAACCAGCCAUGGAACACAACCAGCCAUGGAACACAACCAGCCAUGGAACACAAGACAUAAAUAUGGCCACAAAAUACUCCUGGGAAACUUGUCAACAAAUAUAAAUCCUGAAGUGAAAGAAACUGUUCAUUGUUUUGAAAAUGUUUUGGAAGUAAUCACGACAAAAGUUGUCGUACCUACCACCGUGUUGUGUAUUUCAGGCUCUCGGGUGUUGCAGGUAUUGAAGUACCAGGUGUUGCAGGUAUUGAAGUACCAGGUGUUGCAGGUAUUGAAGUACCAGGCAACUUCCGCGCCCAAUAAUCUAUAA